AGUCCGUGUGGUGAUUUCUGAGAUAAUAGAACGUUCAACGAUUACGAAAAGCUUAUAAAUAAAUCGCGUUGACUCACCAAAUUGAAUCUUAUUAAAUGAAGUGCAGUGUUGGUGAUUAAAAACAAUCGACAGCAGAAAAAAUCAACUACCAUGGCUAUGCAACGAGAAGUCGGCGUAGGCGAUUUUGUCCUCAUGGACAAAAUUGACUUGGACAAUUUUAUGAAGAAUCUUGAACUCAGAUUCAAAAAUGGAUUCAUUUACACAUACAUCGGAGAAGUAUGCGUCUCUGUUAAUCCGUACAGAACAAAAAACAUUUAUGGAAUGGAACAAGUUAAUCAGUAUAAAGAUCGAGAACUAUUCGAAAACCCCCCACACAUAUUCGCCAUUGCCGAUGCUUCGCAUAAAGUGAUGAAACAGCAAGGAAAAGAUACUUGUAUCGUCAUCAGCGGAGAAUCCGGCUCUGGAAAGACAGAAGCGUCUAAAAUCAUAAUGAAGUACAUUGCUGCAGUGACAAAUCAAGAAAGAUUAAGCAGCCCCAGAGGACAAAAAGAAAUCGAAAGAGUCAAAGAUGUUCUCAUCCAGUCUAACUCCAUCCUAGAAGCUUUCGGUAACGCUAAAACGAACAGGAAUGACAACUCAUCCAGAUUCGGCAAAUAUAUGGAUAUCCAUUUUGACUUUAAAGGUGAUCCGAUCGGUGGCCACAUUAAUAAAUAUCUGCUAGAAAAAUCUCGAGUCAUCCAUCAGCAGCAGGGUGAGAGAAACUUCCAUUGUUUUUAUCAGCUUCUAUCUGGAGCAAAUGAAGAUUUGUUGAAAAGACUGAACAUAUCCCGUGAUACCCACCAGUAUUAUUACAUCAAGCAAGGAAAUGCUGCCGUAGUUAACACCAUCAACGACAAAAGUGACUACCGUGAAGUCAUGGCAUCAUUGAACACGCUUCAAUUCAGCAAACAAGACCAAGAUACCCUCUGGAGGGUGGUAGCUGCCAUACUACAUUUAGGUAACGUUGAUUUCGAGAAUGACGACGAUGAUAAGUUGAGACUGAAGAAAUCAAAAGGAGUGGAUUAUGCUGCAGAAUUACUUCAGAUAAAAAAGAGUGACUUAGAAACAGCCCUUUGUGAAAGAGUGAUAGCAGCACGAGGUGACAUAAUGAGAAAAGAGCACACCGAAACCGAAGCUUCCUUUGGCAAAGACGCUUUUACCAAGGCUGUAUACGAUCGAUUAUUCACUUGGAUAGUCGAUAAAAUCAAUGCCGCCAUAGCUGUAGACAAAAAUAACUUGACUAAGACGUACAAAAGUUCGUUGAUCGGCGUACUCGAUAUCUACGGUUUCGAGAUCUUCGACAACAAUAGUUUUGAACAAUUUUGUAUCAAUUAUUGUAACGAAAAGUUGCAGCAGCUGUUUAUCGAACUGGUGCUGAAACAGGAGCAAGAGGAAUACAACCGGGAAGGUAUCGCAUGGACCAAUAUCGAAUACUUCAACAAUCAGAUUAUUUGUGAUUUGGUCGAAGCACCACACAAGGGAAUCAUUUCAAUUAUGGAUGACGCUUGCAAGAUGACUGCCGAAAAAGUAACUGACGAGAUGCUGCUGGAAGCUAUGGACAAGAAUCUUAAAGGUCACAAACAUUAUGUCUCAAGACAAACAAAAACAACCGAGAAAAACCUCAGACAUAAGGUAGAUUUCCGUGUAACUCACUACGCUGGCGAUGUGACGUACUGCAUCAACGGUUUUCUGGACAAAAACAAAGAUACGCUCUUCCAAGACUUUAAACGUUUGUUAUACAAUUCCAAGGAUCCAAAUAUAAAGGAAAUGUGGCCCGAAGGGGCACAGCAUAUCUCAGAAAUAACCAAGAGACCUCCCACGGCUGGAACCCUUUUCAAGAACUCCAUGCAAGCUUUAGUCCAGAACCUCCAAAGCAAGGAACCACACUAUGUCAGAUGCAUUAAACCGAACGAAAUCAAAUCUGCGUCAGCCUUCGAUGAAGAAAGAGUGAGACAUCAAGUUAGUUACUUAGGUCUCGUAGAAAACGUUCGGGUGAGAAGAGCCGGUUUCGCAUACAGACAACGAUAUGACAGAUUCCUUAAGAGAUACAAAAUGAUCUCGCAGUUCACCUGGCCCAAUUUCAGAGCCGGUUCCGACAAAGAAGCCUGUAAAGUCAUCAUGGACGAGAACAAGUACACGGAUGAUGUCAAAUACGGUAAAACGAAAAUUUUCAUCCGCACACCACAAACUUUGUUUGCUUUGGAGAUGGCUAGGAACAACCUUAUUCCUGGCAUCGUUACUCUAAUCCAAAAAACUUGGAGAGGUUGGAUGGCACGUCAACAGUACAAGAGAUUGAAGGCUGCGAUGACGAUAUUGAGGGCAUAUCGCAAGAUGAAGUUGAGAGAAUACGUUUGUACUUUGCAGAGUAAAUUUAAAAACGCCAAGAAAAUGAAAGAUUAUGGUAAAAGCAUUAUGUGGCCGGCUCCGCCGCUGUCAUUGAGAGAAACUACGAAAAUUUUAAGAGGUAUUUACAACAAAUGGAGGUGCCGCAUGAUUUUGAACCGUAUCCCUAGAAACGAAUGGGCGCAGAUGAGGCUGAAAGUUAUCGCCGCCAGUAAUCUGAUUAACAAACGACCGCACUAUGGCGUCAAUCGCAAAUGGGAAGGCAACUACCUCACAUCUCAUUUGGAAAACAACCAAUAUACAGUAUAUAAUGAAGCAGUGAACAACCUAAGGAACACUAAACACUUUAAUAAUGUUCUCUUCUCCUCUUUUGUUACCAAAUUCAACAAAUUUAACAAAGUUGCUGAGAGAGUCAUGCUAGUUACCGAUCAGUAUGUUUUCAAGUUAGAUACUCAAAAGUUUAGAAACAUGAAAGAGGGCGUGGCGAUCGGCGAAUUGACUGGUAUCAGUGUUAGUCCAGGACAAGACCAGUUGAUAGUUCUUCACUGCCCAGGAGGUAACGAUUUGGUGGUGUCGUUGCACUGUGAUAGACAAGAGGACAGGAUCGGUGAAUGCAUCGGUGUAAUAUGUAACAGAUAUUACCAGAUUAAAAACGCUGACCUGCCUGUGAAAGUAUCAAAGACUAUAUCCUGUAGCUUGGGCAACAAACAACGACUAAUCAACAUUCAAGUAUCAGCAGCUGAGCAGCAGGCGACAUUUAAAAAGGAUGGUCACAACAUCUUGUACGUUCUGCCUUCCACGUUUUCAAUUCUUGAAAACGGCAAUAACCAUAUUAAGCAAUAGACUGAGGUCUUACGCCGAAGAGUGAUAUCAAUUUUAUAGAUUUAGGUUUAUUCUACUUAAUAUUUUUUAGUUGAAUUGAGUUUCUACCGAUUUGGGUCUAAUGGUGGAGAAAUAACAACAAUUUCAAGCCGAAAAGGGGUGCAAUCGGUUUGAAUAGUGAAUUAAUAUUGCAUGCUAAGACAAUUUAAAGUUGGUCAUCAUAAAAGUUAAACAGAAAAGAAGAUGCCAUGAAAUGAAAAAUAAAUCACUGCAGUAAAGUGAAGAGGUUUAAACGGAAAUCAAAUAGAACUGAUGCAAAUCUAAUAUUUUUUAUUUGAAAAUUGCUUCGGGCAUCUUGUUCAGCAGGUUUGGAAAAUAUUUAUUAAUACUUUUGUUACAGAUCGGUAGAAACUUUUGUAAAAACUGUGUCAUAGUAAGUUUUUCGUUUUUAACACUUUUAUUAUUGAUUGUUGCUUUUCUGUUAUGUCUCUAUGUUGGGAUUAGGGACAAAAAAUUUAUUUUAUUUUCUUUCAAGUAUUAAAUUCAGUGUUUGGAAAGCUCACGUACGUAAAAUAUAAAUCAACGAAGACAAGAGUCGUAAUCUAAACAUCUAAAAUUCAAACACUAGAACUAAUAGCUCCAGCUGGCAGAGUUUGUCCUUUAGAUAGCGUUUAGCAACCAAUCGAAAUAUUUAUAGGAAUGUAAUUUGUUACUUUAAUUUUUGAGAAUAUGUUUUUGUCAUAGAUUCUAAGAUUAUUUAAUCAUUUUUUUGCUUACGUGAUCUUUCUAUACACUGACUUGACUUAAGUAAGUUUAUUAAUUUAUUAUCUAUAGCAAUAGAUAUUCUUAAUAAAAAUAAUGCUUUGCAAUAUUUUUGAAAAACGCCUCUUUUUGUUACUGUUUUAUCUCUUAUGUACUUAUACAUACAUAAAAAUCGUUAGGUGCCUUUUUAAUGAAGAGAAAGUGGUCAAAAAGUUUCAUAUAAAUGUACUUGUUAGAAUUGAAAUCUUUUUGGGUUAUUUUUAGCUUAAAAUCAUGAAAGUUUAAACAAUUUUAUUAGUUAUUGAAAUACAAGAACAGUUUAUCAAUGAAAAAAAUAUAAUAAUACUGCAAAAUAUUUUAGGUAGGACCAAAUCCGAAACUGACCUUGAAGAAAACACUACAAAGAAUUUGAAAAAGAGACUAUUUGACGGGCCUUUUUGAAAUCAAGUUUCCCCUUUACUGUACAUGUUUUAGGUAUGAGAUAUGUGCUUAAGAUGUCCAAAUUAAUGCUGGGAGAUACUGUUUUAGUUGUCAAUUUCAUUUACAUACCUACGCCUCUUAUCUUUCAGUAGAACCUUCCUUACAAAGUCUUCUGGAAAGUGCAUAUUUAACUUUUGGAAACAAUUGAUAAUCUCACGGCGCUAAGUCAGACUAGUAAAACGAAUGGAGUGAUACCUGGAUAUGCUACUUCGCCUAAAAUACUUUUUUGACCUUCAGGAAUUAACACGUUCGCUGCCGUGAGACAUAAAUGUGUCUCAUGUAGUUUUCGAUAACAGCCUCGUGAUAGACCUUAGUUGUCUCGGUAGUAGUUCUGCAUUUUAGCCGCGUGAGCCUCAGUUAUUGUCUCAGUCCUAUAUGAGUUAUGAAGGACUGAAGGAUCACGGCUGCAAAUGUUUAAAACUGUUUGGUUUUUACAUCUGUGAACCAUAAGUGGGUACUCGUGGCCUGAAAUAUACGUAGAUAAUUAAACGAAAUUAUUUAGAAAGAACGUGUUUAUUAAGUGAAAUACAACAUCGACGUCUGUUGUUGAUACCAACGUCUUCCCAGGAAUGUUGACGAUUGUCAAAACAUUCCGCGUAUGCUGAUAAACAUCAAAGCCUAAAAGACUGCCGACGAUUUCCUGUUUGAAUUUGGUAAUGGAAAUUUUUUCAUUGUCUACUACUUGAUGUAAAAUAUGUGCACUCACUAAUGCACUACAUCAAGAAGCACAAUGACCAGCUAUCUCUCUGCGUAAUGAGGUUUUUGUAAUUCCAUAUUAUUCCCAGCUCUUAGUAACUCAUCAGUGUGUUUUGUGGUUCUGACAAUGUUUCUGAAAAACGAGGGAAGAUGAGCGAGCACAGUCGAAGUAGAGAAAGACAACAAAACGGUGUCUAGACGAUAUCAAAGCAACAUUGGGGGAAGCUGUGACCAAAUAGUACAAAACAGAGAAAAGUGGAGAACUUGUGGGGAGUUCAGGAGUAGAUGCAGAUAGGCUAUAGAAGAAUAAGAACCUUCUUAGCAAGACUGGAACAGAUCCGAUAGUUUCCCGAGACGGCAUACACUAGACUCGGACAGCAAUGAGAACACGAGUCGGUGACACACAGCAUUUCAUUUUUGGAUAGGACAAUUUUUUUUUUAAAUAAAACAUUUGGAAGUUUUCUAGGAUAAUAAAACGUCUUUGAUAAAAAGUAAGUUGGCUCGAGGGACCGCUUUUUUGUAAUAUGGCAAUCAACGUGUUAAGUGAAAUAGUGUAUGGAGUUUUGAUAAUUCCAUGAAAUAUUGUAUUUUUCCUUAGAAGAUUAGGAAAAAUUUCUUGUCUUGACAUUUUUAUACCGUACGUGGUAUUUUUUUUAAAACAUUUUAUAGUUUUUUCUGAUUGUCCCUUACCAUUUCCUGUUUUUUUUUUGUUUUUGCCACGUUUUUAUAUAUUUUCUCCCUUCUGGAUUUUCUUCUUUUUCGUUCUUAACUUGGUUUAUUACUUAAUCUUUCUGUUGUUUUAGAUCUUCCUAGUGUCUCUUAAUUUUUUGGUUUUAUAUAUAGCUUAUAAAGUUAUAAAUUUUAUAACUGCAAAUGUUACUCAUUUUAAACUGCAGUUCUCUCUGUUCUCUGAUUAAUAAGCAGACACUUUUGAAGCCACUUUUUCUAUUCAGUAUUUUAUAUCUAAAUAUUGAGAUACAUAUAUAAUAUAUGUCAAGUUCUUGUAUCAAUAUUUUUUAUACUGUUCAUUUUUGUACAAAACUCAAAAAUAUUGAAACACGUAAAACUAGAUAAGAUAUCGUAUCGUAUUGGGAUCAAUAUUUUAAUUAAAAAACAAUAAAUCAUCAUCGUAAAUAUUUAGUUACUAAUCAGUGCCUCUUGUCAGUGGUGUCGCCACCGGUUGAUGCAUGGUUUGAAUUAUCCAUCUAUUGCAAAACCAAUUUUCUGAGUAUUUACAAAUAUUUAAUAUAUAAUAUCGAUAAUCGUAUGAAUUACUUAAAGCCUACGCCAAAUCUAGUAACUCAUGCGGCUACACAAAACUGACCGAUGUCAUUAUAAUAAAACUAAAAUAUUCUUACUAAGGUCAGCGUUUGGUGUUUAACUGAAUUCUAAGAUGACUUUUGUUACAUAGUACUGAAUGGAAUAAUAUAAAAGUAUUUCAAAAUUAAAGUUAUAAGAUAGAUAGCAAAUAUAUUCAAAUACUGUUAUGAAAUAUAUACCAUUGAAAUCACUUUGCCUGGAGAUGAUUAAAAAUUAACGCACAUAUUUAACAGAACAGGCAAUCAUUGUGAAAACUACAUGUUUGUCAAAGUAUGAUGAUUAUUAUUGAUAAAAAAUCCUAAUAUUGAUGAUAUGCUAGAAAGUUUAAAGCAUGCUUUCAUAUGGACAUGUCUGUCAUAAUGAGGCUUUGGAUAACUUUAUACAAUGAAAACCGUGAUGUAUAUUUUUUUUUAUAUUAUUGCAUUUAUUAAGGUUUUUUAAAAUAAUUAAUUCUAGAAGAAGAUGUAAUUGUGAUCAUAUUUUUAUUAAUAGAUAGUAUAAAUACUAAAAAACGUAAUUUAGCGUCCCAAAAAUAGAAAUGCCCUUAGAUAGUUGAUUGUAGAAGUAUAUAUUUUGCUAUUAUUCAUUUUUAAAGGCUUUUAUAGAGCGCAAGUUUAAAGUUUUUUUUAGUUUUGGGACAAUUUAGAAGUCAUAUUUAACACACAAAGUACUUAUCAAAUUAUUUUGUAUGAUUUCGUAAUUUAUUAAUGCCAUAUAUCGCUUUUCGAUACAAAUUAAACAUAUCUUUUCCUGUUUUAUAAAUUGUCAUUUCUUCUGUUCUCUCAAACGAACCAUCUACAUAAUCAUUCCUUCUUUACCAAAACAGGUUAGGCACUUAUUUUCUAUAUUGGAGUUUUCUAGUCUUUAACGAAAUCAAUUUUCUUGUACUCAAAAUAGUCAUAUAAUUCGUACAUCUUACCUUAUAUUUUCAUUUGCUUCUUUGAUUUAAUUCGCAAGUUAAUUAUUUUCUUUACUAUGUCAGUCUUACGUAUUGCAUUCAAAUAUUGAACAAUAUCUUUAGAUGUUUAUCAUUUUCUAGCUAAGAGUUUGAAGUGAACAAUCUUUUUAAACGAAACCUUUUUUAAAUCUCAUUUUCAAUGAAAUAAAAUUUUAUCAAUCCAUGUUUUUGGUAGUAAUUAUAUAUUGUAUUGAUGAUAUGUUCAAAAUAAAAACCAUGAAUAAAAUUGAACAAGCAACUGUCCAUUUAUGCAAAUUGUUAUACUUAUUUUAGUGUACUUAUAUAUUUCUCUAUGCAUUUUUCAUUCAAUUUUUUUUUGUUAAAGUCCUUCCACAUAUUUGUUUGGAAGUUACUUCAGCAGUUUAGAGGUAAACCUGGUAAAAGUAUAAGAAAAUUUGAAAUUAAUUUAAUAAUUAAUUAUUAAAACAUUUAAUAAAAAUGUUUAACACAAAUAAUAUAUUUUUUAUAUUACAUCCACAUAUACAUUAAAUUUUACUUGAAUGUAUGUUUACCUCUAAAUUUAAAAUAUUUGUUUUCUGUACACUCAAGUAACGUUGUAAAAGAAAACAAAAAUUUUAUAAUUCCUUGUGGCAUUUUAUAGAUUUUUUUCUACAUAUAAGUCAAAAAGUGCUUUCGAUGUAUUUUAUAUAAACGUUUUGAGAAGUUGUUUAUAUAUAGUGCCAUUAUUUAUAUAUAUAUAUUUGUAUAUUGAUUGUACCUGUUAGGAGCAUAUAUUAUUAAAUAGCUAACAUGUGCCUUAAUAAAAGUAAUUAUAGUG